CUGAGAAACCCGCGGAAGUGACAGGAAGUUCCGCCCUUCCAGCUCUCUCCGUGUGUAUUGUCUUCUUGGGGAUCAGGAAGUCCUGGUGGGAGACUCGCCCCGGAGUCCUGGAGGUACCUGAAAACUUCCUCGAGCUGCAGUUGCUGUGCCGGCUUCCUAGGACAUUCAUCAGCUCGUCCUGUCACCCUGCCAGGUGUGGGAGUGCUUAGACCCUGCACUCGGCUUUUUUCAGAGCCCUCUGGUUGGAGGAGUUCAACAGUCUAGAUUCUGUGGGACACAGAAUCUGGCAGUGUUACUUGCUUCUCCUCAGUGUUGCUUGGAAAAGAACUGUGCAUGAAUGUUAACUGUGUGACUACCUGUUACAUCUCAUAGGAAAACUGAAAUCCUCAGAGAAAAGAGGCAUUUUCAUGGUCUCCAUAUGCUCAGCAAAUCUGCGUAAUUGUAAAUCGAAAGUAGGAGCCCUGGACGGUAAAGGCCAAAGAAACUUCUAACAAAGGAUGCAGUUCUCAAAUCCGGUUGUGAAAUUUCAAGAACACUUGCAAUAUUUGAAUCUGGGAGAAGAACAACAAAAAGAAUGAGUGUGGCUCUGGGAAACACUCUACAGGGUUUCUUAACCUUCAAAGAUGUGGCUCCAGAGUUCACACUAGAGGAAUGGGAAAGUCUCAAUUAUGCUCAGCGGGCACUGUACAUGGAUGUGAUUUUGGAGACGUACAACAAUCUACUGUCUGUGGAAAAUCAUCUGAUACGUGGAAAACAUGGGAAGGUCUUGGAACAAUACACAGAGUGCAUUGUCCAUGAGCAUGUGAAUAUCCAAAAGAAGUUUUGUAAAUGGGAUGAAAUUAGCAAAAUGACUCUUGAAUCCACCCAAAGUACACCUUAUAAAACUCAUCUCCAAGAUCCCUCUCUUCAGUCCUCAAACCUGGAAAGACAUAAAGCUGGCAAAAUGAGAGAAGUUUACAAAUAUAAAGACUUUGUACAGUUUUCUAAUGAAUGUGCUAUCAUUGGUGUAAGUUCCGGAAUGCACACAGAGAACAAAGAACACAAAAAUACAGAAUUUGAUAAGAAUUUUGUCUAUAAACAUAAACUAAUGCUGAAACAAAACAUUAAUGGUAAGAAUCUUCACCAAUGUAGUAAAUCUGAGAAAUGCUUUGCCAGAAAAGGGAAUCUUCAUUUGCAUCAGAGAAUUCAUACAGGAGAGAAACCUUACAAAUGUAGUCAAUGUGACAAAUAUUUUGCCCAACAAUCCUGGCUUAUGCGUCAUCAAAGAAUCCAUACAGGAGAGAAACCUUACAAAUGUAAUCAAUGUGACAAAUUCUUUGCCCAAGAAUCCCAUCUUAGUAUUCAUCAGAGAAUUCAUUCAGGAGAUAAACCAUACAAAUGCAGUGAAUGUGACAAAUGCUUUGGCUACAAAGGCAGUCUGAGAAUUCAUCAGAGAGUUCAUACAGGAGAGAAACCAUACAAAUGCAGUGAAUGUGAUAAAUACUUUAGCCAGCAAUCCAAUCUUACUAUUCAUCAGAGAAUUCAUACAGGAGAUAAACGAUACAAAUGCAGUGAAUGUGACAAAUGCUUUGGCCAGCUAUCCAAUCUUAGUAUACAUCAGAGAAUUCAUACAGGAGAUAAACCAUACAAAUGCAGUGUUUGUGACAAAUGCUUUGGCUACAAAGGCAGUCUGAAAAUUCAUCAGAGAAUUCAUUCAGGAGAGAAACCAUACAAAUGCAGUGAAUGUGACAAAUACUUUAGCCAGCAAUCCAAUCUUAGUAUUCAUCAGAGGAUUCAUACAGGAGAUAAACCUUACAAAUGCAGUAAAUGUGACAAAUGCUUUGGCCACCGAGUUAGUUUGAGAAUUCAUCAGAGAAUUCAUACAGGAGAGAAACCAAACAAAUGUGGUGAAUAUGACAAAUGCUUUACCCAAAACUACAGUCUUUGUUUACAUCAGAGACUUCAUAUGGAAGAGAAACCUUACAAAUGUGGUGAAUGUGACAUAUGCUUUGGUUGACAGUCUCAUCUUAGUAUUCAUCAGAGAAUUCAUUUAGGACAAAAACCUUUCAAAUUUCCUUUAUGUGGGAAAUGCUUUACCCAUAAGUCUGAAUUCAUCAGAGAAUUCAUACUGGAGAGAAACCAUGGAAGUGUACUGAAUGUGACAAAUCUUUUACUCACAGUUACUUUGACAAUUGUUGAGAGAAUUCAUCUAGGAGAAUAAAUUUACAAAUGUGUGACAAAUACUUUAUCCAGAAAUGCGGACUUCAUAGAGGAGAGAAACCUUAGAAAUGCAGUGAAUGUGACAAAUGCUUUACCCAAAUGUUAGCCUAAAAAGGCAUCAGAGAUUUCACAAUGAAAUAAUACAUGCAAGUGUAAUGUAUGUGAAAAUUGCAUUAACUACAAUGUCUGACAGAUUACAUACAGUAGAGAAACAGUAUAAAUUUAGUCAAUAAAACAAUACCAGCAAAUAUCGUCUUAAAAUUCAUUAGAUAAUAUUAAAGGAGAGAAAAUUUUCAAAAGUAUUAGAGGUGUGAACCUUUUCUUUUGGCCUAUCUCUUAGAAUUAACAGAAUAUGUACAUGUGACAAUCUGAAGAAGUAUAAUGUAUUUGGAAAUAUCUUUGACUACAUUUCAGGUCUGAGAAAACAUUUUAAAUUUUUUGUGGGGAAGUGUAUCUUGGAAAAAUUGGGCUUCCACACUAGCGAAUUUGUAUGAUUAUGAAAACUUCAGAAACCUUCAUGCAGUGUUCAAAUCUUAGAAAAUGUCAACUAUUUAUGCUGAGAAAAACUCUGAAAAUAUGACAAUGUAGGAAAGUUUUCAUUAAACUUUUACCAGUUCACCCUCAAAUAUUCCAAGAUGAAGACAUGUGGGGAAGUCAGAAUAAUAUAGUGUUGUGUAACAUGUUCAUGGCAACAGAAAUUAUCUAUUUCAAAGGGACUUCACUCUCAAAAUAUGUAAUAAAACUGGCAGCAUUCUGUAUAUUCAAGUGAUCAAAUUCAGACAAAUUACACUUAAAAAGGUUUAUUUGACAAACUCAGAUACCAAAACUGUUUGUUCUUUAUCCUAUAAAUAUGUCUACAGAUGUUAAGUCUCCUUUGACAAUCCAGUAUUCAUAAUUCUUAUUAAAUGCUGGUUUCAUGUUUGAGGAUAA